AUGUCAAACAGUAAUAAUGCAUCUCCCAGCCGUAUUCCAAAGCCGAAUUGGUUGCGGCACUCAAAUAAGACACCGAAGAUCCAAAGACACCAGAGUCUACAAACUUUAAAUACUUAUGAAAAAGAUGACGAUUGUGCAUCAGAAAAAAGUUUUGGCAGUACAACCAGCAGUCAGUGUGAUAAUGGCCAUUCUAUGUUUGCUCUUAAUGGCACCACAUAUUCCAGCCGCAAAAAAGCUUAUUUACACUAUUGCCCCUCAAAUAUAGGCAGUGAAGAGUACCUUACUCCUACACAGAGAUCUAGUCGAACUAUCAGAAAUCUUAGAAGAUUGCUAAAUGAUGCUCACAGUGAACUUAAUGAUAAAGAUACAGAGAUUGAUCGACUUAACAAAGAAAAUAUUGAACUUAAAGUAAAAUGUGGUUAUGAAACUGCUAACGAUUCAAUUGCUGAAGGUAAUGAAGAUGAAGACACAGCUAGAUUCAUACCCAGUAAAGAACAAACCCCUGAACGUGAUUCAACUAAACUUUCAAGGAGUUUUUUGAAUCCAUCACCAUCACCAGCAGAUUCAGGACAUGGUGAUGAAUAUGAUGAAGCUAAAAAAUUAAGACAAGCUUAUGACGAGUUGCGCGAGAAGCAUAAUGAUAAGAUUGAAGAACUAUUGAAACGCUUAGGAGAACUUCAUGAAAAAUAUUAUGGAUUAAAACCAUUACUUGAUGAAGCAUAUAUCAAAAUCAAAGAACUUGAAAUGGAAAAUGAUUUCCUUAAACGGUCUAAAACUGUACCAGAUAAUACUAAAACGACUAUUGAUCACAUAAAGAAGACUUUUUGUGAUGUUCUUACUCAGACUCAAUCAGUAUUACACUUAGAUAAGAAGACUGAAACUGAUCAAACACACCAACAUUUCUAUGGUGCUAUUACAGAAAAUAUUCAAAACUCCUUAUACAAAUUGGACCCAGACAAAAAUCAUGUAAUUCCAACACAAACUCAACAAAUUGUAUGUCUAGAAAAGGAUACUGAGACUAAUGGUCAGGAAGUUGAAGACUGUGUUGAUGAGCUGAGUAAUGUUAAGUUACAACUAAAAAAGACCAAAGGACGUAGCCAAAGUGUUGGUGGCGCUUUGUUAUCCGGACCUGAGGCCAUUGCCCUUUGGAUGAUCGGCACGAAAAAGGCAAUGUAUGAAACUAUUCUCCAACAACAAUUGGAACAACAACGUCAACGGCCAAUACAUGAUGCUGAAAUGACAUUGCAAUUCUUAAAAUCAGCAUUUUACUAUUAUCUUACAGAUCCCUCUAAUACCACUGGACAUUUAAACGCUAUAUUAAGCAUACUUCGGUAUUCAGAUGCUGAAAAAAAAAUAAUUGAGAGAAAUCAAGCGUGGAAAUAA